GCCACCAUGGAAAGAGGAAGCAGCUGCGCCACUGGAGAGGAGAAUGAUGCCCGCCAGCCCCCAGCUGGUGCACCACAGGCAAGACUGAAGCUGCUCGUACCAGCCCUGUGGGAACAGAUAAGGUGUCCCCACUGAGCCCUGCCCAAGCAACAGAAAUGUUUGACCUACUGACUUGCUGCAGAAGAUUAGAAUUCAACUGAGCAUUAAGAUUUAACUCCCACCGCCCGUUCCCCCGCCUCCACCCCGCUGCGCACUCACAUGGCACUGAGUCAGCACCUCGUGCUCACAGCCCGGCUCCAGAGUGUGAAUGUUAUUCCAGGACUUACAGAGAAGCACAAAUAACUUGUCGGCGCCCCCGGCUGUCAUCCCUGCCCGUCCCUCCCCCAGGCCCAGCCCAGGGCUGCUGUGGACCCAGGACCACUGCCUGCGUAUCCAGCUCCCCGUGGAAACCCUCCCUGGCUCUCACCACCCACGCCUGAAGGGGAGCCCCCAGAAAUGUCACCUACGGAUCGCUGAAAGAGCCGCAUACACAGGACCGAUGGCCUGUGACUGGGGUCUCAGCCGCACACCGGCUCUUCCUCAGAUUGACGGCCGCAGGCGCCUGCCCUCCUGAGAGCUGUGUUGGGGUAGUGUCCUCUCUGAGCUUUAGCUGGAGGUACUGGGAGGCUGGCUUUGUGCUACAUGCUGGGGAUACAUUGUGGAGCAAAAUAAGCAAGUCGCUGUCCUUGAGGAAGGAAAACACGCGAGGAGCAAAUAAUGCAACUGUGUCUGGGUGCCACAGUGCAGCGACUUCUCCACACUGGGACUCCGGAAAGGCCUUCACCCAGCGCCUGUGGUCGGCAGACACCGAGAGAGUUACUUCCCCCUGGCCCGUCCCAUCUACACACUCCCAGGACCCACCAGGGAGGAGGCCCUGGGACCCUGCUGAGAGCCCACAGCUGGGAAGAAAAUUAUGCUAUGACAACAGCAAACGACAAGGAGAAAGUUGAGGACCUCUGACAGCCCUGCCUCUGUCCUGGAGCUGCCACUUGUCUACCUCAGGCCAUGGUUGUGCAGGACAGUGUGGAAGAGGGGAACACCAGGAUGGGUGUGCAACUGGAGCCCUUCCUGCACCAGGUCGGGGGACACCUGAGCGUGAUGAAGUAUGACGAGGACACGGUGUGCAAGCCCCUCGUGUCCCAGGAGCAGAGGUUCUAUGAAUCCCUGCCACUGGCCAUGAAGCGGUUCACCCCACAGUACAAAGGUACCAUCACAGUUCACCUCCGGAAAGACAGCCUAGGCCAUCUCAGCUUGGUUGCCAACCCACUGAAGGAGAACCAGGGGCCCUUAAACGUCCCCUCAGGGUCAGCAGCGGUGGCGAUGUGGCAGAAACUCCAGCAGACCACGAGCAGCGGUGGCGGUGCAGGUCCCCUCUCACAGUGGCAGCACGCCCAGCUGGCACAUUCGCUGAAGGAGAGCCCGGCCACGGAGUACCUGAGGUCCGAGUUCCACCUCAGCACCCAUGUAUCCUCCCUGGUGGAAGAUGCUAAAGAGAACCAGGAUGAGAGGAGGAGCUUUAACCCAUGGGGUCUGCACUGCCACCAGGCCCACCUGACCCGGCUCUGCACUGAGUACCCAGAGAACAAGCCAUACCGGUUCCUCUUGCUGGAAAACGUUGUGUCACAGUAUAAGCAUCCUUGUGUCUUGGACCUGAAGAUGGGGACCCGGCAGCACGGGGACGACGCAUCUGAGGAGAAAAAGGCCCGCCAGAUGACGAAGUGUGCACAGAGCACCUCAGCCUGCCUGGGUGUGCGAGUCUGUGGCAUGCAGGUUUAUCAAACGGAUAAGAAGCACUUUCUCUGCAAAGACAAGUACUAUGGGAGAAAACUCUCAGUUGAGGGGUUCAGACAGGCCCUCUAUCAGUUCCUGCACGAUGGAACCCGCCUUCGGACAGAGCUGCUAGGGCCCAUCCGGUGCCAGCUCCAGGCCCUCCUCUUGGUCAUUAGGAGCCAGAGUUCAUACCGCUUCUAUUCCAGCUCUCUCCUCAUCAUCUACGAUGGGCAGGAGCCGCUGGAAAGAGCCCCAGGUGGCCUACAUCCUCAGGAGGCUCCUCAGACUACGCACGGCAGCUCUCCCAGAGGUUUCCCUAAAGUUGACAUCCGAAUGAUCGACUUUGCUCACACGACGUACAAGGGUUCCCGGAAUGAGCACACCACCUAUGAUGGACCAGAUCCGGGCUAUAUUUUUGGCCUGCAAAACCUCAUCCAGAUCCUGCAGGAUAUCCAGGAGUGAGAAUAAGAGUUGUUGGGCCCAUCCAGAUUUUUCUGCAGUACAAAUCUAAAAAGGGACCCACUGAGAGCAAGGGUACUCUAGACACCCCUUAGAUGUCUUUGUAAUAAUCACAUCUACAUCCAAAAGCCAUCACUAUACAUGGCAGGCUAUGUUAACAGCUGCUAAAGAAAUCAUCACUGGAGAUAAUUCACACACCUGGCAUCU